CACAUCGGAGAUGGCCGUGACGCGUUUGUAUCUCGGAAAGUCGAUCGCAGAUCUCAACAGUUUGGCUGAAGUAAAAGUAGAUAAGACCACAAGUCCGAAAAUAUAUUGCAACACAGCUGUCAAGGUGUUUGAGGGCGCUGCCACGAAAUGUAGGAAAGGAGACGAGGAGAAGGCGUUUGUGUUGUACAUGAGAUAUUGUUCUAUUGUGACUCAAAUCAAGAAGAGUUUGGACUAUAGAAAAUAUAGGGCUGAGUGUGAUAGAAUACUAUCUGGCACAAGUUUGGGCAUUGCCAUAGAAGAAGCAGAACGACUCUUAAGUAGUUUAGUGAAGAGAUAUGAAGCUCUAACUGGUGUCCGUACUGAAGGAGAUGGAGCCAAAGACGAUGAGAAGAGUAAUGAUGUAAAACUUCCGUCUCCUCCUAUUGGUCGACGGGAAGUCCCUGACGGGUCUGCUUCUACGACGUCAUCAGAUGUUUAUGAACUAUUGAAGGUUGAUCCAUUAAGCAUUCUUGAACCAAAGAAAACGAGUCAUUCUGUGAUAGACACAAGUGGAAACAGACCCGUUUCUGACUCUGUUACUUCAGGAAAAGGUAAUUCUGCAUCUGGCAGCAUACAACCAACAGAACUGUUUAACCUGCUGAAAACGGAUGCCAGUGUUCUUAUAUUGGAUAUACGAUCUGCUGAGUCAUUUAGUUCAUCUCGUAUGAUCGAAGGAGAUCUAGUGAACAUUCCUGAAGAUGUACUGGUUGCUGGUGUCAGCCCCGGUCUCAUUCUCAUACACCUAAAACCUCAAUUUCGUGACACUUGGUCUAAUCGCAAACUGGCUGAUCACGUGAUUCUUAUGGACUACGACACAACAGAACAAGCAAGUGUCAAGAAUCCCGCUCUCCCAAUCUUGAAUCUCAAGGAUGCAAUCUACAAGUUUGAUUCUCAAGUGACAUUGAGAAGUGAGCCAAGGAUAUUGGAGGGAGGAUUUUGUAAUUGGAUUUUGCAUUAUCCUACAAUGGUGACCAACUCUAGUUGGACAUGGGAAAGGAGGAAAGAGGAGCCAGUAGAUAGUUGGUUGAAUGAGGAUUUAGACUAUCCAGAAUUGCCAGGAGAGGGGAAGGGGAAGAAAGAGGAAGAGAAGACGAAGAUGGACAAUGUUGAGCCUAGCACCAUCCCUCAACGCCCACCAUCUCACACAAAACCAGAGGCUGGCAAACCACUAAACAACAAGACAGCAAGUCCGGCACAAAAUCCAUCUAACCCGGGAUCUAAAAUUCCCAUAAUUAAUAAUACACAACAUCAUACCCCACAGACGACUUUCAAUAGAGGAGAUUUGGGUACGACAGCAAAACAUCCCGAGAUUGAAUCACGUGAUUCUCGAGUGCCAGAAUCCAGCACGACUCCAUCUUCUCAUACCAACGAUCAACAAUCAACUUUCAAACCAUCUACUCCAUCACCCAAUCCAACUACCACAUUAUCAUCCAAUGCUCCCAUCCCCUCUCAUCCUCCCCCAUCCUACCACACAAGCUCAUCAUACCCUCUCAUCAUCCCACCAGCAGCCACUUCAUUGCCUCCCACAGACGCACUAAACAACAGGCCACAUACCCAACCACACAACACACAACAGAAGCAUCCGAAUGCAACAUCUUUAGGUCACCACACUUUACGACACGAAGCUGACGACUCAUUGAAACAAGAACAAUCUGAACGAGCAGCUCAUCGUGUGUCCAACAUUCCCAUUGCUUUGUCUCAAUCGAAUGUCGUGCCUCAUCGUGUUGUGAUGCCACAGCCAGUUGUGUCUCUGCCGUCGUCUGUCAACGCAAACAUACCAACACCUCAACUCACUUCACAGUCAACUGUACAGCCACCUUCACAACCGAUUGUAUCAACAUUUGUGCAGCCAUCUGUCCAGGCUACUUCACAGCUGAAUGUGCAACCUCGUUUACAUCCGACUGUUGAGCCACGUUUGCAGCCAGUCAUCCAACCUUCUCUACAACCACCAGUUCAACCUUCUCUACAACCAACAGUUCAACCUUCUCUGCAACCAACAGUUCAACCUUCUCUACAACCAGCAGCUCAACCUUCUCUACAACCACUAGUUCAACCUUCUCUACAACCAACAGUUCAACCUUCUCUACAACCAGCAGCUCAACCUUCUCUACAACCAGUAGUUCAACCUUCUCUACAACCAACAGUUCAACCUUCUCUACAACCACCAGUUCAACCUUCUCUACAACCAGCAGUUCAACCUUCUCUACAACCAACAAUCCAACCUUCUCUACCACCAAAUGUCCAACCUAGCCCACAAACGACGGUUGGUCCAUCUAUCGGCCACAUGCAUGACACUGCAGUAACUAUUGAGAGAGUCUUGCCACCAGUGAGUGGACAAGCUGCUUGUCAGGUGCCUCAAUUGGUUUCUUCUGUUGUUGAUGGUCGAGAUUUUAGUAGAUCGGGAAUUGUGAACGUACAGAGUCGUGUGGCUGAAGAGGCGGGAGGUCGAGAGAGAAGUGUUCCUGGUUGUGAACGUGUUGAGAGUCGUGAAAGGUUGUCGUCGAAUCGGUCUCUAUUGCCACACCAGGAACAGCCAGCACUGCAACAGCCAACAGCAACAUCAAACAUUCACCAACCACCAUCAACUACACUUGUGUCCACCAAACCAUCCAGACAACCCGAAAACCCAACACUCUCCACGUCAACAUCCACCUCCAGUCACAUUCCAGCUUCCGGUUCUGUUGCUGAUCCUCAGCAGGCCAUACUACCAACAGGUCAACCGUCUCACCUUCAAACUACUCCACAACCACCACCAGUUCACUCUCAACCUACAGUCACACUCAAUGGUCCAGUUGUGCCGUCUGAUACGUCGUGUACGUCACAAGGUGAACCGCCAAACGCUCGUCUGGACAAGCUUCACGGUCGACCUCACGCUAUGUCUCAACCGCAUGGUCCCCAUGGCAACUCACGAGCUGUUUAUCCUAGUUCGUCUUGUGGUGGUUUUGCUGCUGCUGCUGGUGCUCCACAUGGUUCACCAUCUAAUGUACGUUUACGAUCGCAGUCAGUCAAUACUGUAGCGUUGCCGGAGUCUCGUUCGCAUGGAUCGAGUCCACGUGGAUCGAGACACAGUCAAGGGUUUGUUAAACCUGAGGAACAGAGGAGUGUGUCACAGAGACAGAUGCCACUGCAGCCGUGGCCACCCGGACAACAUCCUCAUGUUGUUCAGCGGCAGAUGCAGAACAGAGUACCUCAACCUCACUGGCUGCCAAGUGGAUGGGAGAAGUGUCUUGAUGGUAGAACAGGCCGAUACUAUUACAAGGAUCAUACUACCAAGACAACUCACUGGGAGUUUCCACAGCAACUGUUGCAACAGAUUACUUUAAGUCAGGCAAAGGUGCAAGCGCAAACAGUUGAUAAGGAAAGAGAGAGGCGACGUUCUGUUGAAGGUGCUGGACAGAAAAUUGAUAAACCCACGAUAGACAGAGAAAGGAAACCACAACUUGAAGUAGUCAAGCCCAACAUUGAUCGAAGGUCAAAACCUCGUGCAUACAGACCUCCAAACAAGAAGAGAGACAUUGCACCUGUUUUUGGCUCAGUGGGUCCCACGUUGACAGGCCUUCGAAAUCUCGGCAACACGUGCUUCAUGAAUUCCGUAGUUCAGUGUCUAAGCGCAACGACACCGCUGUCAUCAUACUUCAUAUCUGGGAGUUACGUGCGCGACGUGAAUGUUGAGAAUCCACUUGGUAUGAAAGGAGAAGUUGCUGAGGAGUUUGGUUUUGUGGUAAAGUCAUUGUGGUGUGGUCAAUAUCGGUCUAUCUCACCGUAUGAUUUCAAGUUCACAAUUAGUCGAUUUGCUCCUCAGUUUUCUGGCUCACAACAGCAAGAUUCGCAGGAGCUGAUGGCUUUUCUUUUGGAUGGUUUGCAUGAGGAUCUUAACAGAGUCAUUAUGAAGACAUAUGUUGAAGAAAAGGAUACUACGAGUCUUCCAGAUGUUGAAGCGGCUCAAAUCUCGUGGACAAAUCAUCUAAAGAGAAACAAUUCAGUGAUUGUUGAUAUGUUUCAGGGUCAAUUUCGAAACACUAUGAUAUGUUUGUCGUGUCGUAAACAGUCGGUCACAUUUCAAGCAUUUAUGUAUCUCUCCCUUCCGUUGCCAUCGUCUAGUCGUUGCUCCCUCAAAGAUUGUCUGGAGUUCUUCCGACGACGAGAGAAAGUCUCAGGAGAAGACAAAUGGCACUGUCCUAAUUGUAAGCAGCUGCGAGAAGCUACGAAGCAGUUGGAGAUAUGGAAGCUUCCGAAAGUGUUGCUUAUACAUUUGAAAAGGUGAUGUGUUGAUGUUUAAGU